AUGAUUGGUUUACUUGAGGAGCUUCAAGCUGUGACCAGACUUCCAAUGGACUCGCCAAAGAAGCCUAGCCCACCCUCGACCCCGGAGCCUUCUCCGAUGCCUAGUGAAGGGGAUUCAGCUGGCGUUCAGGCGAUCUCAGAAGUGCUAGCAAAGGACCUUAGUAACUUGACUCUCAAACCUAGAGCCACAUUCCCUUCCCUUCCACCAAAACGUUCACCCAAACAGCAGGACAAAGAACAAAGCUUGCAAGGACUCGGACCCAGGCUGGGUCAAAGCCUGCUCUACAGGAGAAGACUUGGAGUGAGGACGGUGGCAAUGAGACAAAGGAUGGAAAGGGCGUUACUGCUGGCUCGGUACCGCACCCUGUCUCUGCUUAAAAAAGACCCACAGGAGGGGAAACUUGAGACUGAAUCAAGAUUCAGAAGAUUUAGAUGUAGCUGUCAUUAUUGCCUAUAUCAUGGAGAUCCUUCUGAUAAUAUUAACAUGGAGAAUAAUUAUGACAUGGAGUUGAUUUAG